AUGGAGACCCUCGGGAGUGGAUGGCUGUCACACAGGCUUGUGCUGUGCUGUGCCUUUUGGGGACUCUGCCUGGCCUCUCCAGACUACGAUGAUUACUCUCAGAACAGCACCAACGAGCAGGUAACGACACCAGAGAUCACACCGUGUCCCCGAGCCAUCCCUGGGGAAAAGGCAACCAUAAACAACGUCACGUACCUGUUGAUACACGAGGCCACACGCUCUCAGCUGGGCAGCGUGGUCACAGUGCGGCUCAUCCCCUGCCUCUACACCCUCGUCUUCCUGGUGGGACUGCCUUCAAACGGGCUGGCCCUGUGGGUCCUGGCCACCAGGGCUGAGAAGCUGACCUCCACUGUCUUUCUGAUGAACUUGGCUGCAGCAGACCUGCUGCUCACAUUGGUGCUGCCCUUCAAGAUUUUCUACUAUUUCCUGGGGAACAACUGGCCCUUUGGGGAAGGCCUGUGCCGGCUCACCACAGCUUUCUUCUAUGGGAACAUGUACUGCUCAGUGCUGCUGCUCACAUGCAUCAGCGUCGACCGGUAUCUGGCUGUGGUGCAUCCUUUCUUUUCACGCUCUUUCCGCACUCCUGCCUUUGCUGCCUGCACCUGCACUGCCAUCUGGCUCUGUGCUGCCGUCCUCACCCUGCCCCUGACUCUGCAGCAGCAGUCGUAUCCCCUGUAUGAAGCAGAUGUCACUCUCUGCCACGAUGUUCUCCCCAGGCACGAGGAUGACGGCUAUUACUUCUACUACUUCAUCUGCCUGAUUGCCUGUGCUUUCCUCGCGCCGCUGGUGGUGAUGCUGUUCAGCUACUGCUCAGUAUUGCGAGCCCUCCUGGAGAGUGGGAAGCGGUACUCCUACUCUAUGAAGCUCACAGCUCUCGUGCUGUUCACACUUGUGGCCUUCUACACACCCAGCAACGUUCUCCUCCUUGUUCAUUACUCCAGCUAUAACUCCAAGCUGCACGGCAACCUGUAUAUCAGCUACAUGGUGAGCCUGGCCAUCAGUACCUUUAACAGCUGUGCGGAUCCCUUUGUCUAUUACUAUGUUUCUGAAGACUUCCGGGAUAAGGUGAGAAGAAGAUUCUUCAGUCACAGAAAACAAAACACCACAUCCCUAAAAACCUCCAAGGAAACGCUCCCUCAAAAAAGUUCCAAAGAUUCACUGGUGUAAGCCUCCAUUCCUGCUCCCUGCUCCCAAGGCACUCACAACAUACAUUGGGGAUGAGAUGAAGACAACACUGGGAUCCCGCAAGUUUCAUCCAGAGCAGCGAGCAGUAUUUCCCAGGAGACAGGUCCCUUCUGCUGUCUGCAUAGCUAAAAUUGAAUAAACCUGGGCCACAGGAUUCCUUGAGAGGUGCGGAGUCCAGACAAGAUGUGGCGUGCUGAACACGUAUAGAUCUGUUACUGGGACACUGCAUGCAACUUCUCAUCUGGUCACAUAUUGCCAGGGAUGCUCU